CAACGUACAUGUGGCAGCCUUUGAUUUUCCAAACUUGUAUGAAUCUGUCAGCAUUCAGGCCUAAGAUCUUCCCCAACUUCUCUCUCUCUCUCUCUCUCUCUCUCUCUCUCUCUCUCUCCCUCCCUGCUCUGCAAACAAAAAAGAUCAAGAAUGGCGCUUUCUCUUAGAUUGCACAACCUUCUCUCACCCACCUUCAGACCCAAACCAGCAUCAGUUUCAAAUGCCUCGCUCUCUCCUCCAAACCCAUCUCUCUCUCUCCUCUUCUCUCCUCUCCCACACCUGCCUCUCAGAACCUCACACUCCCUCACCAUUAAAGCCACCCCCCCACCCCUGCCUCUCAGAACCUCACACUCCCUCACCAUUAAAGCCACCUCCUCCUCCUCCCCUUCUUCUCCAACAACGGUUGCUGAUCAACAGGGCAUCAAGAUUAAUCUGGUUCCCACUAAACCAAUCGAAGGCCAGAAGACUGGAACCAGUGGUCUCCGAAAGAAGGUGAAAGUUUUUCAGCAAGACAAUUAUCUUGCAAAUUGGAUCCAGGCGUUAUUUAAUUCAUUGCCUCCCGAGGAUUACAAGAAUGGGCUAUUGGUUUUGGGAGGUGAUGGUCGUUACUUCAAUCGUGAAGCUGCACAGAUUAUUAUCAAAAUUGCCGCAGGGAAUGGUGUUGGGAAAAUUUUGGUUGGCAAGGAAGGAAUUUUGUCAACGCCUGCAGUUUCUGCUGUAAUCCGAAAGAGGAAGGCCAAUGGGGGCUUUAUAAUGAGUGCAAGCCACAAUCCUGGUGGACCUGAUUAUGAUUGGGGUAUUAAGUUUAAUUACAGUAGUGGUCAACCUGCACCUGAGUCCAUAACCGAUAAGAUUUAUGGAAACACCCUUUCUAUCUCUGAAAUAAAGAUAGCAGAUAUUGCUGAUGUUGACCUAUCUACUCUUGGAGUUAUAAAGUAUGGAAACUUCAGUGUUGAAGUUGUAGAUCCUGUUUCUGACUAUUUGGAACUAUUGGAGAACGUGUUUGAUUUCCAGCUUAUCAAAAGUCUUCUACAAUUAGAAUUUAGGUUUCUAUUUGACGCAAUGCAUGCUGUUACUGGUGCUUAUGCAAAACCCAUCUUUGUGGAUAAGCUGGGAGCCAGUCCGGAUUCAAUUUCAAAUGGGGUGCCUCUGGAGGAUUUUGGUCACGGUCAUCCAGAUCCUAAUCUUACAUAUGCCAAGGAUUUGGUGAACAUUCUGUAUAGUGAAAAUGGACCUGACUUUGGGGCAGCUAGUGAUGGGGAUGGUGAUAGAAACAUGAUUCUUGGUAGAGGCUUUUUCGUUACUCCUUCAGACUCUGUUGCAAUUAUUGCAGCCAAUGCACAAGAAGCUAUUCCCUACUUCUGGAGUGGCCCCAAGGGAUUAGCUCGAUCCAUGCCAACAAGUGGUGCACUUGAUCGUGUUGCUGAAAAAUUGAAUCUUCCUUUCUUUGAGGUUCCCACUGGCUGGAAGUUCUUUGGGAAUCUUAUGGAUGCUGGGAAGUUAUCUAUUUGUGGGGAAGAGAGUUUUGGAACAGGUUCUGAUCAUAUCCGUGAGAAGGAUGGCAUAUGGGCUGUUUUAGCUUGGCUUUCAAUCAUUGCAUAUAGAAACAAAGACAAAAAGCCUGGGGAGAAGUUGGUCUCUGUCUCAGACGUCGUGAAGGAACACUGGGCAACCUAUGGAAGAAAUUUCUUUUCUCGAUAUGACUAUGAAGAAUGCGAGUCUGCAGGCGCCAACAAAAUGGUAGAUUAUCUUAGAGAAUUGAUUUCUAGCAGCAAGCCCGGUGACAAGUAUGGAAAUUAUGUUCUCCAAUUUGCCGAUGACUUUACGUACACUGAUCCUGUUGAUGGAAGUGUGGUGUCAAAGCAAGGUGUUCGGUUUGUUUUUACAGAUGGAUCAAGGAUCAUAUAUCGCUUAUCAGUAAUAACCUUCCUUCCUUUAUUUUUCUUUUGAUUCUCUAAACAUGAUGCGGAUGCCCAAACGGCUCUGAAGCCUUUAAUAGAUUUGGCAUUGACCGUAUCGAAGCUGAAGGACUUCACUGGAAGGGAGAAGCCCACAGUCAUCACAUAAGCACCAAUAACACCAUGACUGGUUUCAUCUGCCAAAGUGUUACCCUAAGCUAUGCCCGAGGCAGUGAGUUUGGGGAACAUAUUCCACAUGUUCAAUUUUGGUCUGCGGCGGGUAGUUCCAGAUUUCUGGAAAAAUAAGGCCUAAUUCUUGUAUAAUAUGGUUAUAUAUAAGAAUGUGAGAAUAAAGAUA